AAAAGAAUGAGGGUAUAUAUGUAUAUUUAUUGAUAAAACUUUCUAAAAAUGGAAAAGAAGACAACUAUUAGAGAACAUCCCAAAAUGGAAAGAGGGACAAGUAUUAGAGAAUUGUUAGUGUUAGUCGAGAACUCAUAUGAAAUAAAGUAUAAUCAAUGUUUAGGUUCGAAGUCAUCACAUCAUAUGGAUCUUUAGUUGAGUGGGUUCUCCCAGGUGUUAAAUUUGCAAUGCAGGAUCGAAGCCCAUUUAUCCCACACCGAUUACUUAGAAGACUCUAGCUUUACCACGACUCAAUAAAUAAGACCAUCUCAUCUUAUUCAGCUAUGGGAGGCAGCAAAGCAACCCUUGGCUAGUAGCCUAGAUGAGUAGCUUCAAGCCGAACUCGAGCUGAUAUCGAGCUUAGGUAAAUAUACCGAGCUGAACUCGAGCAUUAAUAUUUGAACUUCGUUGAGCUCGAGCUGAAAUUGAGCAUGUAAAAUAUUUUCGAGCUUGAGCUUAUGUAACUUUGGGUUCAGCUCGACUGGUUUACACCCCUAGUCGCCAUUUUCCCAUAACAGAGUCAAAUACAGCCGGCCAUUGUUGACUUGAAACUUGAAAGGAAGAAUUUCCACCAACUCCCCUUUCUAUGGAUUCAUAAGGAAGCAGGCAAAGCUGUAAAGCAAAUCAAACUGAGAUCAGAGAUGGAAAGAACUGAGUUGAUAUCAAACUGCUUAGUCGGAGCUGCAGCUAUGGAGGAAGUAGAAGGUGGCGUCCCAAGAAUUCACCGGGUUGAACUGACGCCAUGGGAUCUAAAGUCUCUUCUCCUCGACUACAUCCAAAAAGGUCUCAUCUUUCCUAGCCCCAAAAGCAGCAGUAGCUUCAUAGAUCAUCUGAGAGCCUCACUCUCUUCCACUCUCCACUUUUUCCUGCCGCUCGCCGGCCGCCUCUCCGUCACAAAGAACGACGACGGCACGACCUCCGUCUUCAUCAACUGCAACAACAAGGGAGCAGAGUUCGCGGUGGCCAACGCCGCCGGCGUAACUCUCGCUCAGAUUCUCGAGCCCACCAUCGUGCCACGCAUCGUCCAUUCUCUCUUCCCGUUCAACGGCAUCUCCAACAUCGACGGCGUCUCUUACCCUUUGCUCGGCGUGCAGGUGACCGAACUCGCCGACGGUUACUUCAUCGGAUGCGCCAUGAAUCACAGCGUGGCCGACGCUUCUUCCUUCUGGCAUUUCUUCAAUUCUUGGGCCGAAAUCUCCCGAGGUUUCCGCAAGCCAUCCAUACCUCCCGUUCUACACCCGUGGUUCCCGGAAAACAUGAUAGCCACCGGCCCACUCCGUCUCCGAUUAGAUCUCGACGAAGAAGAAAAACCCCUAUCCAAUUCUUUCAAACCGCAACCUUUCCAAGAGAGGGUAUUCCAUUUCAGCCAAGAAAGCAUCGGUAAGCUCAAACUGGAAGCCAAUUCCGAAAUGGGGUUUUCAACAAAAGACUCAAAGAUCUCUUCCCUGCAGUCAUACGUGGCCCACCUGUGGAGGGCAAUCACCCGGUCCCGUCGGGUCAACGCCGCCGAAGAGGUCUUCAUAUACGUCCCGAUAGGAACGAGAUGGAGGAUGGAUCCGCCACUUCCGGAAGGGUAUUGGGGAAACGCGAUUUACAGCAAGAUGGUGAGGGUGAAGGCAGGGGAUUUGCUUGAGAGAGGAUUGGGAUGGGCGGCCUGGCAAAUCCAUCAGGUUGUCGCCGGGCAAAAACAUGAAGAGGCGGUGGAGUUUUACGAAAACUGGGUGAGAUCUCCGGCGGUGGCGCGGAAGGAGACUCUGUUCUGUACAAAUUUUCUGGGAAUUGCUAGUUCACCGAGGAAUGACGUUUACGGGACGGAUUUCGGGUGGGGGAAGCCGGUGGCGGUGAGGUGUGGGAUGGACAAUAAAGCUGACGGGAAGUUCAGCCUGUUCCCGGGAGUGGAAGAAGGGAGCGUGGACAUUGAGGUCUGCCUUCUUCCCCAAACGCUACUUGCUUUGGGAAAUGAUGAAGAAUUCAUGGCUUUCGUUACAACUUGAGCUAAAUAUUAUACCUGGUGCCAGUUUAUUAGUCCAUGUAAAUUGGCUUGUUUGGUAACUUUGGUUCAUGGCUGUAGAAUUCAACUUCUAUUCUCAGCGACUUCUCUUCCUAAAGUGGACCCUAGUAGAGAUCUAGGGGUCCCUCCAACAAUUUUUUUUAGUGUAUAUAUAUACUAAACAAUAAUUUUCGUCCUUUCAAA